AUGAAAAUAAGCACUUUUUUUGCAAUUAUUUUUACUCUUGCAUCUAAGAUUAGAGCUGAAUGUUCAAGCGGACAAAUAUUUAAUCUAGUUUCAUAAUAGUGUUUGCCAUGCUCAAGCAGUUGCUAAGAUUGUUUUAGCACUAGUUCAGAUUCUUGCAUAAGCUGUCCUCAGAAUUAUUAUAAAAGUAAUUUAAAUUCUUCUACAUGUGUUUAAAAUUGCGAAGUUGGAGAAAUAUAAGCAGAUAGCUAAUAUUGUAUUAAAUGCUAGAUUGUAGGAUGUAUUAGAUGUGAUUCUAAAUAAAACUGCUUACAAUGCAGUCCUAAUUUAUACUUUGAUAAGGAAAAGAAUGAGUGUUCACUAAAACCAAAAAUUUGUUAAUCUGAAUGGGAUUUUAUCUAAGAGCCUUUUACAGAAUAAUAAUGUGUAAAUAGUUGCCAAAGCUCUUACUUUCCAAAUUAAAAAACAUAAAUAUGCGAAAAAAUUAGCUAAUGUAUACAAAUUAACGACAGUCCUCCACUUCUCACUUAAAAAGUUCUUGAAUUAAACUCAUUUAAUCAAGAUUACUACCUCAUUAGAGCAAAUUAAUGCUAUUUUGCUCUUGUGGAUUAAAAUUUUUAGAUAAUAUACAUUGAAAUAUUUUAAGAUAUGCCAGACUUUUAGUUUAAAUAUAUGUCUACUGGAGAGGAAAAAAUUUAAAAGAGUUUUAUUUUUGAAGAAUAUGGAGGCUGCUUAGCUAAUAGUUCUAUAAAAGUGAUGAAUUUUAUCACAAAGCAAAUUGUUUUUGAAUAAACUGAUUUAGAUUAUGAUUACUAUGUUUAAUAUAUUGAUUAUUAAAAUAGAAUAGUCUUUCUUAAUUAAAUGAAAAUUUGUUUAAUAGCUUGGUAUGAUUUGAUAUAACAAAAAUUGAAUAAAUUUCCAUGCGAUUUACUUCCUAUUCAAGGUUUUUCCUGGUUCUUAUUAGCUAUUUUGUAAGAAGAUAGAUCUCUAAAAUUUUUAGAAACCUAAUUAGAAUUUUCAGACUAUUUGACUAUUAUGCAAUCAACUUAGAAAUAUUAAUAUUUAAUUAGCAUUUUUUCUGAUUAUUAUUAAAACCAAACAUCAGCUUAUAAGUAAAAAAAUUUGAUUUACCAAAUGAUAUAUUUUACAGUAUCAGAAUAAGUGGAAUAAGUACUAAAUAUAACUAUUGCUAACUAGAUAAAUGAUUAUUCAUUUUAUGAAAACCAAGAAUAUAACUCUACUUUUGUUUUUUUGAUUUCAGAUAAACUAUAAUUUAUAUAUUUGACUGAUUAUUUAAUAAAACUUUAAAAUGGUUAUCAGUUUUAAAACGAUACUUUAAUCUAAGGAUUAAAAAGCGGAUUUAUUACUAGCUAAUCAACAAUAACAAAUGUUUUUUUCAAAUAGAAUAAUAUUAUUGAAAUAUUUUUGUCAUAAAUUUUGGAAGUUAAAACUUUUAAUUACUAAUAGAUUAGAAUAUCAUUAAAUACUACUGAUUAAACUUAUUUAACUAAUUAUUUAAAUCCCAAUGAAUAUUAAAAGCCUUAUUAUGAUUUUAGUUAAUUUUCUAGAGGAAAUGUUUAAUAUUACUAAAAUAUUUUUAGCUCAAAAAAAAAUACAGAUAUAAAUUCAUUUUAUAUUUAUGAUGAAAAAUAAAUAUUAACUUCAUAAGCUUUAGGAGUUUAAAAAAUUUAAUUUUCUAUUUAAAAUUUAUAAAAAACUUCUAUGAUAACUACAAGAAUAUGUGAUUGA